CUACGACGAUAACGAUAACACUGUCACCAGUAAAACUUCACAGAAGCAAGCAUCAAACCAUAUAAAAAAAGGAUGGUCUGUGGAAACUUUAAAGCUCGAUGUGCUCGAGCAACGAAAAAGAACAAAAGAACGUGAACCGAAACAACUUCGGGAUUGGAUAACCAAAAAAUCAGACCUUAUGAAAGCUGCGCCUUAUAUUCAAAAGUUGUCACAUGGGGCUCGGCUGAGGUAUCCUGAACUUGAAGCCGAAUUAAUUGAAUGGUUUCGAGAUCUUAGAUCUCAGCAAAAAGUC